AUGGCCUCAGCCCCCAAAGAAAUCGCCGUCGACAUGUCGCCGUUCUUCAGGCUGUUCAAGGACGGCAGCAUCGAACGCCUCAGCCCGCCGCAGUUCCAGCCUCCGAUCGGGGGGAUGGCGGGGCGGCGCGUGAUGUUCUUCGUGGCGGAGAAGGAUUUGCUUAGGGACAGAGCGUGGGGUUACUACGAGGGGUUGAGGAAGAGCGCGUGGGCGGGUGAGGCUGAGAUAAUGGAGACAAGAGAAGAAGGGCACUGUUUUCACCUGUUUAAUUCCAGCAGUGACAAAGCUGUGGCAAUAAUGGAUCGAGGCCAGCUCCUGCACUCCUCUGCCUACUCUAGAUGUUGCACUUUCAGAGUGCCGACUGAGUUCAUCUCUUAA